AUGGCGCAAAACCGGCACUGGGAGCAAGACAAGGAAGCGACCAUCUACAUGGGCAACAUUGACGAGCGCGCCACGCCCGCAACCAUGUACGAGAUCAUGCUGCAGAUGGGCCCCAUCCACAACAUCCACAUGCCGCGCGACCGCGUCACGCAGUCGCACCAGGGCUUCGGCUUCGUCGAGUUCCGCACGCCGUCCGACGCCGAGUACGCCGCGGCCGUCAUGAACGGCGUCAAGCUCUACGGCAAGUCGCUGCGCGUCAACAAGGCCUCCGCCGACCGCCGCGGCGGCGGCGCCGGCGGCCCCAACGGCGGCGGCACCACCGACAUUGGCGCCGAGCUCUUUGUCGGCAACCUCGACCCGUCCUGCGACGAAAAGGUGCUCUACGACACCUUUUCCCGCUUCGGCCCGCUGCUCUCCCUGCCCAAGAUUGCCCGCGACGACAACGCCGUCUCCAAGGGCUUCGGCUUCAUCAGCUUCGCCGACUUUGACAGCGCCGACGAGGCCAUUGAGACGCUCUCCGGCACCUACCUGCUCAGCCAGCAGGUCACGGUCCAGUUCGCCUUUAAGCGCGACGGCAAGGGAGAGCGCCACGGCGACAAGUCCGAGAGGGAACUCGCCAUGCAGGCCAAGAAGCGCAACGUCGUGCCCGAGGCCCAGCCGCUGCCCCCGGGCUUCCUCACCCCCGCCCCGUCAGCACCCCAACCCCAGGUCGUGCCCGCGCCGCUGGCCCCGGCCGGCUUCGCCCCGCCGCUCGGCAUGCUGCCCCCCGGCAUGCCGCACAUGGGCGCCGCUGGUGCCGGUCCUCCCCCGCCGCUGCACAUGGGUCCUCCUCCGCCUGGCUUCGCCCCCCCGCCGCCGCAGCAACAUCACCAGCGCGGACCCCCCCCCUGCAGCAACCGUACAGCGGACCGCCGCCGCCGCCGCCUCACGCGGGCAGCGGCCGCGCCAACGCUCCUCCGCUCGUCGAGCCAGGGCGGCUACACCAACCCGGCCGACUACCACCCCAACGGCGGCAGCAGCUACCGCGGCAGCAGCAGCAGUGUUCCGGCGUCCGCGGCGGUCCCUCCGCCCGGCUUCCCCAUUGUGCCGCCGCCGCAGCAGCAGCAACCGCCGGCUGGGUUCGGUGGUGCUGGCGCGGCUGCUCCCCCGCCUGGCUUCAUGCCUCCGCCGCCGGGCUUCCCGCAGCAGCCCCCGCAGGGUUAUCCCCGCCGAUAG